AUGCAGCGCCGCGACGACCCCGCGGGCCGCCUGGCCAGGGGACAAGGCCCCGGCGGCCGCGCCCCGCCGCAGCGCCGCCCGGCCCGCGGCGGAGGGGCCCGCGGGGCCGCCAGCGGGGCGCAGCCGCCUCCCCCUGCGGCCGGCGGCGGCGGCGGUGGCGGCGGUGGUGGCGGUGCCUCGGGGGGCUCUGGCUCUGGCGGCGGUAGCGGCGCGCCCGCCCCGCUGCUGACCGGACCCGGCGGGAAGAUGGAGCCCGAGAACAAGUACCUGCCCGAGCUGAUGGCGGAGAAGGACAGCCUGGACCCGUCCUUCACGCACGCCAUGCAGCUCCUCACCGCAGAAAUUGAAAAGAUUCAGAAGGGUGAAACGACAACAAAGAAGGAUGAGGAAGAGAACUACCUGGAUUUAUUUUCCCACAAGAAUAUGAAGCUGAAAGAACGAGUUCUGAUCCCUGUCAAACAGUACCCCAAGUUCAACUUUGUCGGAAAGAUUUUGGGACCUCAAGGCAACACCAUUAAGAGACUUCAGGAAGAAACUGGUGCUAAGAUUUCUGUGCUGGGGAAGGGUUCAAUGAGAGACAAAGCCAAGGAGGAGGAGCUGCGCAAGGGGGGGGACCCCAAAUACGCUCAUCUCAACAUGGACCUGCACGUCUUCAUCGAGGUUUUCGGGCCCCCCUGCGAGGCCUAUGCCCUGAUGGCUCAUGCCAUGGAGGAGGUCAAGAAAUUCCUUGUGCCAGAUAUGAUGGAUGAUAUCUGCCAGGAGCAGUUCCUGGAGCUGUCCUACCUGAACGGUGUUCCGGAGCCAAACCGCGGCCGAGGAGUCCCCGGGCGGGGCAGGGGAGCAGCUCCACCACCACCUCCACCUGUCCCCAGGGGCCGUGGGGUUGGUCCCCCUCCUCCUCCUCCUCCUCCUCGGGGGGCCCUGGUUCGAGGAGCCCCAGUGCGAGGGGCCAUCGCUCGGGGGGCCACCAUAGCCCGGGGGGUGCCCCCUCCUCCAGCAGUCAGGGGGGCUCCUGCACCCCGAGCACGGGCAGCUGGCAUCCAGAGGAUACCCCUUCCUCCUCCUCCUGCACCGGAAGCCUACGAGGAAUAUGGCUACGACGACACGUACGCAGACCAGAGCUACGAGGGGUAUGAGGGCUACUACAGCCAGGGCCAAGGGGACACAGAAUACUAUGAUUAUGGACACGGGGAGGCACAGGAAACCUAUGAAGCUUAUGGCAGGGACACCUUUCACCAGCCCAGGAUCUGGUGUCUGGGAAGGAGGGAAGCACUUCCUGCAGCUGUCCCUGAUGGGCAAGAUGACUGGAAUGGGACCCGGCCCUCGCUGAAGGCCCCGCCGGCCAGGCCAGUGAAGGGGGGCUACCGAGAGCACCCCUACGGACGCUACUGAGAAACAAAAUGAGGGAAAAAUCCCACUUUUGAGCAAAAACAGUUGUUACUGAUUCUUGUAUCUCCCGGGAUUCCCGUUGCUUUACCCACAGCAGACAAGUAAUUGUCUACCUGUUUUUCUUCGUGGCCCUGUUUUUUCUCCCACUCCAUCCUCACCCUGCAUUUUGGCUUCUGUACGUAGUACUUUUAAAGAUGAGUUAAAUUAGAUCUUAGAGGAAGCGACUUUUAA